GGCGAUACGCAGGGUGAGCGCAGUCAGGUGCGCGGAGGGUCGGCGGGCUGGCCGCGGGGCUAUAUACCCUGCGCGGGGCAGUGGGGCGGCGCGCGGGGCAGUGCGGGGUGUGCGGGCGUGUGAGUCGUGAGUGGACCGUCAGUGGCGUUGUGCCUCCUGCGUGCCGGUCGGUGGUGCCGCUCGGGAUCACGCCCACCUGGGCUGUGCCCUGUGGCCUGUGGUGCGGGGCGCCCGCCUGUGGACAGUGCCCUGUGGAAUCUGUCGGUGCCGCAGUGUGACUCUGUGCCCUGAGUGUCAGCCUCGCGGUGCCCUGUUACCCGGCGUGCGGUAACCGCAGCCCAGCCGAGAUGGGCAGCAACGUUGUGCUGUCGGCGGGCUCGUCUCUGCUGGCGGUGGUGUCGUUCGUCGUGGGCGUGGUGGCCGUGGCGACACCCUACUGGGCCGAGUUCGAGGCCUUCAAUGGCGACGAGAGUGGCCACUUUGGGGCGUGGACGGUCUGUCGGCAGCGGCGCACCACAGAGUACCGCUGCGGUACGCGAGUCUCCAAACUACAGCCCUCCGAGUUCACGACGGCGGCGGGCGUGUGCGGCGUGGUGGCCGUGCUGGUGGCCGUCCUGCUCUGCGUCACGUCGCCCAUGGUGCUGGCCAUGCGCGUCACGCGCCGACAGGUGGUCUUCAAGUUCCGCACGGCGCUGCUCGUCAAACUGGUCAUCAGCGCGCUCGGAGCUACCAGCUGUAUGCUGGCGCUGAUUCUGUUCAGUAUCGACAUCGACGCGCGCCGACUGGGGGAGGAGACGGGCUACUACAUCCGCAAGGCGUGGUCGUUCUACCUGCUGGGGGCGUUUUUCGCCCUGUUCGUGGCCCUGUGCGUGUUCUCGGCCGGUGAGUUCGUGCUCGGCCGCCGGCUCGGCGGUGAUCCGGUGAAGUUCGCGCGCGACCCGAGCGGCUCCCUUGCCCCGGUGAUCGCCAACCGGGCGGCGCGCCACAAGCGUCCCGUGUCGCCGCGCUCUGACGGCCGGACGGUGACGGUGACGCCGCCGCUGGCGCACGGGCAGCGGCGGCCGGCCGUCACCACCACCGUCACCACCAGCGGCGAGACGGUGCCGUACGACCCGCGCCGCUCGCCGCUCCGCUCCAGCCUCAAGAAGAAGCGGGCCGAGGCGCGCGAGAGCUCGGACGACUCGAUCGACUCGGGCGUGGUGAUCAUCGGUAACCCGGCGCCGGCCACGCCGCCGGCCAGCCGCAGCAAGAAGGUGCGCAUCCAGACACUGGACACGGCCGUCUGAGGCAACACGGACACAGGGGCGGACUGUGCACGCGUGGGUGGCUGCUGGGGGUCGUAGCAGCAGCAGCGAGCGGACGCUGGAGAGAAGGAGUUACCUAGCGGAGGUCCGGAGCGGCAUGAGUGGUGAUAUGGGACCCAGUCAGGCCAACAGCUGAGAACUGACACAGAGAACGGACUGACUCAGUCUGACAACCGACUGAGAGGCGAUCUAGCCCAGUACGCCGUCUGGGUCCAGGCUGAGCGUGCAUCUCAAGCAAGGCCGUCGGCAUGUCCGGAGGAGGCUGAAAUGACACCCGAAGUGGUGAGCGACACCCGAGGCAGCUGGUCAGCUAGAGCUACUCUUCGAGAGAAAGUUGUCCAGGCGAUCGACAGUGUCAGUCGAUUCGGGCUUUUGAUCCCGCCAGUCAGAAUCGUGAGAGCAAUUAUCGAUGCUGCUUGACUGCUUGAGUGCCUGGAGGGCAGCUGAAGUGGAUGCAGAGCGGCUAGAGUACCUGUAGGACAGUAGUAGUACCUAGAGGGCAGCUCCGUAGUACCUGGAGGAUGGCUGGAGUACCUGGAGGAUGACUAGAGUACCUGGAGACUGGAGAGCCAUGCUGGGGCCUUAAGAGCAGCUGACAUUCCCGAGCGCUGUUCACCUCGGACGGAUCGACGCAAAAUGCUCGCAGAAUAAUAAUUAUAAAUGACUUGUAAUUAACGAUGGAAUUCCAAAGACCAAAUGUAUAUAUAUCGACCGAUGAUCGAUUCAAUCAACAGGUGAACACUGAAAUUGUGCAGAAGAUUAUGAGAGCUCUUGGGAUACUGAGUCCCGGUUGACGUAUGCCGCGAGCGGGUGUGGACUUGCCAUCCGGGUGUGCUCUGACCGACACCCGGAUGGGACACCCGGCUGGGACGCGCUGUGUUCAUACAUACACCAGCUGACAGCUCCAUCUGCAGUACGGGACACGCCGAGCUCUGUGUUGCAGAUGGCAGCAGUCUGAGUCUGCGCUCCGUACACCCCCGACUGUCAGUCUCCGCCGCGGGCGGUGGACAGACUGAUUAUACAGACUGUGUGACGGCGCAGAGACCACCGAAACGUGUCCUGGUAAGUCGUAUUAUCCAAUGCGGCGGAAAAGACUUAUUGGUCAAUGACAACCCCAGUGAUGAGCCCUGCUCGGGACAGCUGCGUCAGCCCCUGCUGGGUACAAAGUCAGCGGCAACCGCACGCUGCUGGAAUCCUGUGAUGUGUCUGACUUGGAGAUGAUUGCGCCAGUCUGGUCCACCAGACAAUCCCAUGGGACUGUGGUAAUGUGAUGUAGUGCGGCUGGGGCCGGGGUAGGGAGGAGGUCACAGAGCUAUUUACCGUUAAUUUCAUUCCAUUUGACGCCUGUGCACGUUGUUCGUUUUGUCACAAAUGUGGGUGGGAAUGCUAGACGUAGGGCUGGCCAGAAGUGUUUGAUUCACAAUCAGCGAUCCAUUGAGUUGAGCAUGGAGCUCAAUAGGCUGUAAUCUAUUUGAGCAGGUUACUGUUUACGAAGAGCAGGUGGGAUAUCACAUCUCUGGUCAAUGUUCCGUAUCGACUGUUGAUACCAGUUCUACUGUGUUCGCGAAUGGUUGACCAUUCCGUAUGCUUGUGCGUGUGCUUCAGUGUGUGUUUUUGUGUUUAUGUGACCUAUUGAUCACCGUUUUUACGUUUCAUUGUGACGACAUAAACGUUAUUUUCUAAACACGUGUGAACAUUUCUGCACUGAUAGCUAGCGAGAUGCCCGUUAUUGCGGCAACAGAGUUGGAUCGGCUUCAUUUACCUGGUCUGCGAUGGAAAGUGGCGUCAAAGAGUGGCGUCUUCAGUGGCAGAGACGGACGCUACAUCAUUUCCUACUGACGUGAGGGCGCCCUGUGAAUAGCGAUCACGGUCGCCAUUCGCAACAGAGUCGGAAUGCAUUGUGGACGGUGCUCAAUUUAGAGGAUUUGUUAACAUUCGAAUCUGAAUUACAUCGUGCGAAUU